AGUUUGUUAUAUCUUGUCAGCGUAAUGUGGAUCAUGGGCUCUCGGCUGUUCUACCGCGGCAUGAGUAAUAUCAAGCAUUUCCUAAAAUUGGAACAAAAAACGGACGUUGUGAACGCUGGUGAUGCUGAGAUUGGGAGUGAGGGUGCUGUGGGUGUUGGCCUUCAGCCUCGCGACGGAGCUGGCGUCGAUGCUGCUGUGGCAGUGACUCCCAAUCUAAGGUCUGCGGCUCCUGGGCAUCCACCUCGUCUUCGUCUUGUUCUCCAUGUCCAGAGGGAAGUUGCUCCUGCUCCUGAGACUGCCUCUGGCCCUGAGAUCGCCUCUAUCCCUGAGACCGAGGUUGCUGAGCCCUCCCCUGCUGUGCCUUUGUUUUAA